AUGUCGUUGUGGGUAGAUAAAUAUAGACCUAAAAAUUUAAAGCAAUUGUCAUAUCAUGAGUCAAUUACGCAAAAUCUAGCUGCUUUGGCAAGCACAGGUGAUUUUCCACAUUUGUUAGUUUAUGGACCUCCAGGCAGUGGUAAGAAAACAAGAAUUUAUUGUACUUUACAUGAAUUAUUUGGACCACAAGUAGAGAAAUUGAAAAUUGAUGUAAAGGUAUUUACUACCUCUUCUAAUAGAAAAUUAGAGUUUAAUGUUUUGAGUUCACCUUAUCAUUUAGAGAUCACACCUUCUGAUAUGGGAAACAAUGACAGAGUUGUCAUUCAAGAUUUAUUGAAAGAUGUUGCAUCAACAGAACAAGUAGAUUUUAGUAACCAAUCUAAGUCUGCAUCAAAGCAUAGAUUUAAGGUUGUUAUUAUAAAUGAAGCAGACUCAUUAAGUAGAGAUGCACAAGCAGCGUUGAGAAGAACAAUGGAGAAAUACUCAGCUAAUAUCAGAAUAAUUAUGAUAUGUAAUACGACAUCAAAUAUUAUAUCGCCUAUUAAGUCAAGAACAUUACUAGUGAGAAUACCUGCACCAUCUGAUCAAGAAAUCAGCAAUAUCUUGUUAUGCAUAGCCGAUAAAGAGUCAGUUAAGUUUAAUCCUCAUAAUGAAACAAAGAAGCAAGAAUUCUUCAACAAAGUAUCGAAAAGCUCAGAACGUAACUUGAGAAAAGCUUUAUUAUGUUUUGAAACGAUUCUGAUGCAAGGAGAACUGAUUGCAAUUAAUAAUACAGACCUGGCGGUGAUUGCAUUGGACUGGGAAGUAAUUAUUCAAAAUUUGGCUAAAUCCAUUGUAUCAAAUAGGACAGUUGCUAAUUUAGCCAAAGUAAGAGUGGUGUUUUACGAAUUGUUAUCCCAUUGUAUUCCUCCUAGAAUCAUUUUAAAGAAGCUUUUAUUUAACUUAAUUGAAGUAUCUAACAGCAAUGCAGCCAUAACUCAAAGUCUAGUUGAGAUCGGCGCAGUAUUCGAUGAACGUUUGAGUUUAGGGCAGAAGAGUAUAUUUCAUUUGGAGGGAUUUGUCGCUAAAUCGAUGGUUGCAUUAGAAAAACAAUAG